AUAUUCGUUCACACCCGUCAACUUCUUCAAGGACUUCCUGAGCUUCUUCCCUAAUGUCUGUCCCAAGUUUAGACCCCAGCACAAAAUUACUCCGCUUCACGUGGGUCUGUACUGCUAAUGUAACUCGUGCAAAAGCAGUUUUCAUCCCAAACUGUAAAGAUUUGCAGAAAAUAGCUGACACCGGUAUUCCACUAUGUACUGCUGUUGAAGCAUUGCCAGUAAUGUAUGAUGCUACUGCACCAGACUCUGGUGUAACUGCUGUUGGUGAAGUUCGUAUGAAGCCGGACUGGACUACACUAACAAGUAUACCAUAUUCUAAAGGUCACGCACGAGUCAUGAUAAACAUGUAUGAAGAAAACGGAGACCCGUCAGGUCUAUGCCCUCGUCUCUUUCUUAAGAGGAUGACAGACGAAGCUGCUAAGGAAGGAAUAUACAUUAAAGCUGGUUUUGAAAACGAGUUUAUAUUGCUCCAACGUACAACAGACGGUAGCGUCAAACCAGUGGAUGACACUGUGUAUGCUAGUACACUGUCAAUGGAUAUCAACUGUGACGUCAUGACAGAUAUACUUGAUGCUCUUGUUAAGCAAGGAAUAGAUAUUGAGCUCUAUCAUCCAGAAGCUGCUAACGGUCAGCAAGAGUUAUCAAUAAGAUAUUCCGAUGUUCUGACGGCAGCAGACCAGCAGGUCAUUGUUAGGGAAACGGUGAAAGCAGUUGCUCUCAAGCACAAUAUGAUUGCCACUUUCCUACCCAAAGUCUUCCAAGAUCAAGCCGGGAGUGGAACUCACAUUCAUCUCAGCCUUCACACUAAAGAUGGUAAGAACAUUGUACCGUCAGAGACCAAAGAAGAUGAAAUAUCGGAAGUGACUGGUCACUUUAUAGCUGGCAUGCUUGAGCACUUGAGUGGUCUGAUGGCCGUCUCUGUUCCAACUACCAAUUCACUGCGUCGUAUUGCUCCUUGUUUCUGGAGUGGAGCUUUUAAAAUAUGGGGAUAUGGUAAUCGGGAGGCAGCCAUACGUGUACCAUCAAAUGCCUGUCAACCAAACCCAACUCAUUUUGAAUUAAAGACAUCGGAUGCUUGUGGUAAUCCUUACUUUGUUCUCGGUGCUGCUAUCGCUGCUGGAAUGGAUGGAAUCAAACGGAAUCUACCCAUUCCACCUCCUUACCAAGAUGAUCCUGGUGUUUUAUCCGAGGAAGAACUUAAAAAGAAUAACAUCAUUCCUCUUCCUCGUACUGUUGAUCUGACAGCCAAAGCUUUGGAAGAAGACAAGGUCCUCGCCGAUGCUUUUGGACCAAGGCUGACAAGAGCCAUUGUUGCUGUUCGUAGGUUUGAGUAUAAAGCAAUGAAGAAUAUGUCUUUGGAAGAGGAGAGAGCUCUUCUACUUCAACGUUACUAAAACUAUUUUUGCAUUUCUUUUUGCUAUUUUUUGAAUGUUGUUUUGCAGUUGUUAAUGUUAUAAUUUUGCUACAA